AUGUGGAAGACAUACACAGAGCUGUCUAGACCAGAAGCUGUCAAAUUUCUAGCUAGAUCCGACUUAAUUGGUCAGUUACCCUCUUUUACCACUCUUUUAAAACAACAAUGAAUUAUGCAUGAUAAAUUGACAAAAUAUGUUCUGAGGUGCAUCAUACACAUCGCUGAAGUCAUCCUUUUUAUAUAGCCCUUCUGCGCUGUGUACCCGGGUUAGGGUUACUUAUAUUUUGGUGAACUAUUUUAUGAUCCAACGUUCAUAUCAAUUAUAUGUAAACUUGAACUCGCCAAACAUGCUUGUCUCCUCUCCUCAACAUAAAAAACUAACUUAAAUUAACUUUAUUGAAAACAAUGCAGUUUAACAAAUUCUAGGAAAUAAAUGCAAAUUUUUUGGUUCAUGACCUACACAAUUUUGUGAAGAAAUCAGAUAAAUAAUAUGCUGUCCUUAACUUCUUGUUUGCUGUGUGCUGAAUUUUUUCCACCAGGUUCAAUUACAUAUUCUCUUGCAAAUCCAAAUGACCCACCUUUUUUAUCCUAUUUUUUGUUGCAUUCUGAAAAUAGUUUUGCCAGUAGACACCUAAAUAAUAUUUGAUUGAUUGAUUGAAUUAAUUAAUCUAUUUUGUUCUACCUGUCUAUAGUAUGUCAUAGUCAUAUCUAUGUAAGAACAUUAGGUGCCAAGUAAGCCCUGUUUCAGACCAAAUAGCCUGAAGACAAGUAAAACCAGCUCAGACUCCGUUUCAGUCUGCCCUCCCUGUGUGUGUGUCUCUUCUGUAUGAGGUAGUGCUGUGUGUGGGUGGUAGCGUGGGUGGUAGUGAGCUCAGGUUCCAUGACAUUUAUGUAUGUUUCAUCCCCCCUCCUCCCCCAGGUCAUGGGGGUCUUAAUCAACUAGGCGGAAUGUUUGUGAACGGCCGUCCGCUUCCGGAGGUGAUCCGGCAGCGCAUCGUGGACAUGGCCCACCAGGGCGUGCGUCCCUGUGACAUCUCCCGCCAGCUCCGAGUCAGCCACGGCUGUGUCAGCAAGAUCCUGGGACGGUGAGCACCUCAUCAAACUUUUACAACUUUACACAAUGGGGUUAGACUGUUAAUGGCCCUCCAUUGUGUUCUCAAAACACUUAGACCACGAACCAUGGUCUCCCAUUAUUAAAACAUUCUGGGUUCACUAUACAGUAUGGCAUUGGUACCGUAAACACCUCUUUUUGUUCAAUCAAAAUGAUGACCACCCACAUUCACUAUAUUGCUUUCUAAUGUAACAAACCUUGCUGUCCUUUUCCAGCUACUACGAGACUGGCAGCAUCAAGCCAGGAGUGAUUGGGGGCUCCAAGCCCAAGGUGGCCACUCCUAAAGUGGUUGAUAAAAUAGCAGAUUACAAGCGUCAGAACCCCACCAUGUUUGCCUGGGAGAUCAGAGACAGGCUGCUGGCAGAGGGGGUGUGUGACAGUGACACCGUGCCCAGUGUCAGCUCUAUCAACAGGUAACAACUAACCUCCACAUGAUGCUAUGUGUAAACCAAUACAUGUCACAGAGUGGACCUUUAAAAGAACAAUUGUGAUCUCUUUAGUAAUGUAAGACAAGUGUGUAGAAAUUGACAAGGCAGAAGAAAAAGAGUUGUAAAUUCUGUGAUUUUUCACUGUUCACCCACUGAAGUGGUUCAAUAGAUUUUACACUGUUCUCUAAUCCCGGCUCUUUAUUCCAGAAUAAUCCGAACCAAGGUGCAGCAGCCGUUCAAUCUGCCUCUGGAUGGCAAAGGCCUAAGCCCAGGACACAUACUCAGUGAGUCUCUACACAGACACACACACACACUCACAUCCACGCUUGUGAUUAACAAAGCGCUAACACUCCCCCCACUCUAAGCACAGACACACGCCUUCACUAAGGUCCAGCAUUAUGAUCUGAUCAUGCAGUAUUAAGCCUAAAGAAACUCCAUGCUUAAUGGUCCGUAAGAUUAAGCGCUAAUGGUCAACGAUAAUAUUGGAGUAAUAACGGUCCGAUUCCCUUGUCUGUCUGUCUGUCUGUCUGUCAGUCCCCAGUUCAGCCGUCACUCCCCCUGAGUCACCCCAGUCCGACUCCCUGGGCUCCACCUACUCCAUCAGUGGCCUGCUGGGGAUCCCACAGUCCAGCCAGGAGGGCAAGAGGAGCCAUGACGACAGUAAGUACCCUCAAAUUCUCAUGCAAUCCCAAAAUGUCCUCUCACAUUUUAAGAUAAUUUUAUUAAAUUAGAUUAAAUAAGAUUCACUCUCACAAUUGAAUGAGUCCUCCCCACAAACUCAAAUAGAUUCAGCAGAGAGACGGAGGAGAGCAGCGAGAUGAGAGAAGAAGGCAGCAGCGAACGUCGCGUCUAUACAUCGAGCGAUAUCUAGCAGCGCUCGCUCUAUAGAGAGCGGCGUCUCUCAGAGGACUAUAGAUCUCUAUAUCGCUCUCUCUCUCUCGUUUCUCUCUCUCUCCUCUCAUCUCUCUCUCUCUCCUCUCUCCUCUCUCCUCUCUCCUCUCUCUCUCAGGUGACCAGGAGAGCUGUAGACACAGUGUGGACUCUCAGGGCAGUGGGGGCGUUCCUAGAAAGCAGCUGAGACCAGAGCACUUCCCCCCGCAGCACCUGGACUGUGGCUUCGACCGCCAUCACUACCCCCCAGACUCCUUCAGCUCUGCUGCAGCCAGCAAGACCGAGCAGGUACAGUAGCCUACAUGGCACAUUGGCACUGAGAGCCGGUGGAUCCUGAUUAACUCCACUCCCAGAAUUACUCUCUCUAUCCCUCUCUUUGUCUUUCUUUCUCUUUGUCAAUUUAUUUUUCUCUCCCUCUCUCUCUUUCACACACGCAACACACAAAUGGUUCAUCCGCUCUGUCCUCCACAGACUGUAUACCCUCUCUCGCUCAUCAAUGGCAGUCUAGAAGACGGGAAGACCAGCCUCUCAACAUCGAGUGCUGCUAUUGGUCGGAAUCUGGCAGCGCACCAGGGCUACACUGUAGUGACAGGUAAGACUCUUACGAUGGAUGCUGCCCUCUCACUCUGCACAAAUAUCCGAGCUCAAAGAUGAAGCAGAGGGAAAACUGAACACGCUGACACAUGGAAACAUUGUUUUCCAUCAGCAUAUUUGAAGACCCAGUUCAGAAAGACAGUUAUGUUGAAUGUAAUAAUGCAUUCAUAAUCUGUGAAUGUAAUAGCAGUCUGUUUAGGCAUGUAUACUCUAAACUGUAUCAACUGCGGUUGUCAUCAAUCUGAUUAUAGAUCUUGGUUUCCGACUGAGCUAUCAUAGCAAUUUAUGUUUAUCUCUGAGGUGCAGCCACAUUUUAGCUUGCCGUGCCUGCUGAUGCGUUGUGCAAUUAAUUUGUCUUAUUAUCACGAGCUGCCCAAAGCACCCUUUCAAGUUUAAUUUUAAACAGAUGUACAAGAUGUGCUGUAUGUCUAUCCGCAGCGCAGUUCACAAACACAUCAAACACGAUGUAGUACCCAUUCACUCAUAUUCAUUUCAGCAAUCAGCUUACAGGCUAUUGCUGCUGUGUAUUUGUUAAUCCAUUCAUUCAUAUCAGUUAAUUCCAUUUUAUUUCAUUUUCUCACCCAUCCACCCACCCACUGGCCGUGUCACCUCAGACCCCCUGCAGCCCCUCCCACUUUGUCUGAAACAGGAAAUGUCCCCAGAGGUGACCAGCACAAGCCCGUCUCCAAAUGUGGUGGCCAACUCAGCUUUUCUGGAGCUGCAGUCACUGCAAGCCCCUGUGUCUAUCAGUAGCAGCUGCAGCAGCUCCAACCAUUUCCCUCAUGCCUUCAACUCAUUCUCCCAUCAUGCACCAGUGUACAGCCAGUUCAGCAGCCAGUCUCUCAUGGCAGGUAAUGAAGCAUUCAUCUCAUCCCAUUGCCACUCCCUGUAGGGGGUUCAUGCGGACAGUAGCCUACACUCUCUUAUCAUGUCACCUGCCACAACACACCAAACCCCAUGUGCAGUACUGUACAGGAACAUCAAUUGCUGUAUAUAAUGGUACAAUAUGGUGGAAUGGUAACUGAUAUGAUUUCAUGUACAUGACACAGAUUAAAUUUUUGCCAAAGAAUUGAUUUGUUUUUUAUGUGUAUAUCCACCUCCUGAGAAGGGCUGACAUUGUGUGUUUUGUCCUUCUCUGUUUCAGGAAGGGACAUGGUGAGCUCCACUCUCCCCGGCUACCCUCCUCACAUCCCCUCCAGUGGCCAGACAGGCUACUCAUCCUCCGCCAUCACUGGCAUGGUAGCAGGUAAGACUCCCAUCCAUUGACACUCACACUGAGACAGGCUAUGGCAUCCUAAGAUGGGGUUUCAGAGAAAGAGAUGAAUGAUGUCUCUCCUUUCAGUUCAGCAUACUUAAAGGUCCAAAGCAGCCAUUUUCAUCUCAAUAUCAAAUAAUUUUUGGUUAACAAUUAAGUACCAUACUGUGAUUGUUUUCAAUUAAAAUGGUCAAAAAGAAACAAAAAUAGCUUCUUAGCAAAUAGCAAUUUCUUAAGCAAGAAUUUAGCUAGGACUGUCUGGGAGUGGUUUGAGUGGAGAGGGGAAAACUGAAAAUUAGCUGUUAUUGGCAGAGAGGUUUGGAACUUUCUUUCUUAUGGGUGUGUUAACUAAUUUACUGCAUGGUGAUGCCACCAUGGAAGGUCAAAACUCCCUCCCACCAAAACAGGCUGAUAUUUCAGGCAGUCUUUUUAAACAGCUCUUACACUAAAAUGGCAUUAUUACGAUUUUCACAAUUUCACAGUAUUAUUCCAACCAAUAGCGUGGAAAUAUAUAUAAAACACAGGAAAAUCAUGUUUUUGACUGCACUGGGCCUUUAAAUGCAGUUCAUAGUUUUAUUUGUGACCCAAACAUGAUCCCAUCUGGGUUUUCCCUUUGGGGAAAGCUGGAACUGAAUAUGCUAUGAGGACAAAGCACCACUGAGAAGAAUGUGGACAAAAAACAAAACAUUGUUUUGGGGCAAGGCAAAACCAACGUUAAAAAAGUAAGGAUGGGAGUAAGAGAGGGAGAGACAAGUGCUGGGAGGGAGGAUUGGAGAUUAACAGGAAGGCAUGGUGGUUAAUGAGUAGCCUGCUCGGCUGGUGAACUGCACGGCGGUGCAGCCAGGGCCCAGGGGGUACAGGGAACAGGCUGAGGGUUCCGCCCUGCUGCCCGCACCCCCACGCCGCCCCUCUGACCACACAUCGCCAUGGGAACCAGGGGCCCCACCAGACGGGGAGAGGGUGGGGGGCCACAGGGUGGCAGAGUGGGCCUGGGUGAGAGGCAGAGAGAGAGAGACAGCACUUUGUGGCGUGUGUGUGUGUGUGUGUGUGUGUGUGUGUGUGUGUGUGUGUGUGUGAGUGUGUGUGUGUGUGUGUGAUGUGCCUUUUUUAUUUGAAGUCUGCCCUUCGAAGCGCGAAAUGAGAGCGUCUGAUUUAUUAUUUUUCUGGUGGGCUCGCUGUGAGGAAGCGUUCAUACACAAUUACUCACAGAAAGGGGGGGUUUGGGGGGGAGCGGAGGGAUUCAAUCCAGCCAACAUAAUUACCAAUUAGAUAUUGGAAUGUAAAAAAAAAGAAGAAUAAGAAAAGAGGACAGAGAGAAAGGUUGAAAGGCUAAAGCAGGAAGUGAGGGAUAGAGAGGAGAGGAGGGCAUUUUGGAGGGACAGGGAUGGGAGGGUUAAACGCUAUAGAGAGGAUGUGGAGGCUAGCCACACGCAUCAAUGAGUCAAGGGAUUUUACCCCCAGCCAUUCACCUGGCUCAUAGAUUAAUGGUUUACAAGCUGCCCUAACCGUUGGUGAAUUAUGAGCUAAGUCUCAGCAGAUGCUGGCAAGAGGACAAACACCCUCAAAUGAAGGCAAAAUAACACUUUGAGGAAGUCGGUGUCUUUAUAAGAAAUAAUGCUUGAUAUUGUCUAGACUGUAAUGUCAUUCUGUCUAUAGGCUACAAGUAUGUGUGUGAAUUUCUUACUGAAUGAUGUUGGUUACUGUAUAUGUGUCUCAAUGUACAUCUGAUGUAUUUGCUGUUUUUUGUUCCAUGUACUACAGGUGCAGACUACUCUGGCCAGACCUACACUCACUCCCCCUACACCUCCUACAGUGAAGCUUGGAGAUUCACCAACUCCAGCAUUCUGGGUGAGUCAGUCAGUCAGUCAGACAGGCACAGUGGUGUUCAAUGGACACACCUUUCAUAAGUAUUAGAAGCAUUCCACACAGGACCGUACUGUUUAUAAAGCUGAUGUUAUGAUUGCAGCAAACGUGAACAAAUACAAAAGGAAAGUGUUCAGAAUACACCUCACGGAUCAGACUGAAUUGUUGUAGAUAAAAGUCCCAGCUUCCAUUAAAAUGUUUGUUUAAAGCUUCACUUUGACAUGUUGAAUACAAACCAUUCAUGUCAUGUCAAGUUUAUACUUUAAACCUUAUUAAAUUGCUUUGAACCUAAGAUACAAUGAAUGAACCCAGAGUAUCAAUAGGAAAUUCGCAAAUACAAAUCCUCACUCCAACCAGGAAAUCAUGUACAGCCAAACUUUUGGUUUCAGUCACGUCACAUGUAUCAUGAUCUCCCCUAGUCCCCAUGGAAACUAGUCACCCAAUUACCAGGGGGUCGGCUCCAAACCACUGCCGCCCAUUGGUGUACAGUAACUCUCUUGGAGCUGACCAGCCUGAGAACUCGUGUUCUGUUGUGACCAUGGUCACAAGUCAGUGUGUCACCUUGAUUAACGACACAGGGGAAAAUAGACAGUAUUAAUGCUUGUGUGUUCUGAAUGCUUAAUUCUAUGCAUAACGCAAAACAUUCUGUGAUAUUUCUUCCAUCAAGUAGCAGACCCAUCCUUAAAAGAGAGAUUGCAAAACAGGCAGCUUUAUUCAUGGGACAAACUAUCCAAGCAAGGCCGAUUUCCAUCUGAACCAUCUGCUAUUGUCAUGUGGUGGAUAGGAUAAAGAAAGCCUGCUUUACAUUGCAUUGUCCCUCCUAACACCAUCAAAGCCAAGCUAAAAAACAAACCCCAAUAGUAAACUCCUUUAUCUCUGUCGCCCCCUGCAGGUUCACCCUAUUACUAUGGCACGGCCUCCCGCACCGCUCCACCAUCCACUACUGCCUACGACCAUCUCUAGCUCCCACGGACCAACCCUCAUCAAGAUGACUGAUAAUGGGGACCAAUAGGCAAAUGCAGCAAGGGACAGGAAGCUAUGAUGAGAAUUGGACUGUCUCCCAAUAAUGGACAGGGAAGUAAACAUAUUGGAGGGACUUUGGAGACUUUUAAUGGCAACACUGGACCAGCAAUGCUUGAGCAUGAACUCAUGGACAAUACCUUCUCAUGGCUAACUAAUGAAUUAUUUAUUUGUUUUUAAUGACAGCUUCAUCCAGGGUGACUUUACAUGUUUACACAUGACAUUCUAAACACUGGAAUACAUUUGGGCAACUGAUUUCUAUGAGUUUUUCAGUGGCAAAGCCCUGAAUCCUGCAUCCUGUAUACAUUGCUCUUAAGCUGUUUCACCAAAGAUUUUAUUUUUAGCACAUUUUGCAACUCUGACAUGCAUUUUUGACUUCAUGGUGACAUCACAGAAAGUAUUGUGGUGUCACAGUGCAGUAACUGCUUUUUUGUGAAGCUAGGCUUGAAUUUGCAUCAAGUUUACAACAGUUUUAUACAAUACACACGUCCCUUUCGCAUUCUAGGGUCUGUUUUUCUGGAUUAUCUGUGUUGAAUUCAAAAGUCAGCCUAUUUGAGCUCACCACCCAGCAAAACCUUCCACAUC